AUGCUGCGACACGCAGCGCUCCGGACCACGAAGACCCCGUGCCGUCGACUAUUGGCCACUCGUUCCUUGUCGCAUGACAAAGUGUUUGCAACCGCCGACGCCGCCGUCAAAGACAUUCCGUCCCACGCCACACUUGUCGUGGGUGGGUUUGGACUCUGCGGCAUUCCGGAGAACAGUAUUUGCGCACUGGUCAAGCACGGAGCGACCGACUUGACUUGUGUGUCAAACAAUGCAGGAGUCGACGAUUUCGGCCUGGGACUACUGCUGCAAACCCGCCAGAUCAAACGGAUGAUUUCGUCGUAUGUUGGGGAAAAUGCACUUUUCGAGAAACUUUACCUGACGGGGGAGCUCGAGGUCGAGCUCACGCCACAGGGAACCCUCGCCGAGCGUAUUCGGGCUGGUGGAUCUGGCAUCCCAGCCUUUUAUACACCGACAGCUUACGGCACCAUCAUCCAGGAGGGAGGAUUUGCCAUCAAACUGAAUCCUGAUGGCUCUGUUGCCAUACCGAGUGCUGCGCGAGGAGUUCGCGAGUUCAAUGGCCGCAACUACGUGAUGGAAGAGGGGAUCACGGGCGACUUUGCGCUUGUCAAGGCGUGGAAAGGCGAUACAGACGGCAAUUUGGUGUUUCGAGGCACGGCGCGCAACUUUAACGUAGAUGCAGCCAAAGCUGGACAAAUUACGAUUGCAGAAGUGGAGGAGCUGGUGCAGCCGGGCGACAUCCAUCCAGACGAGGUUCAUCUGCCGGGAAUUUAUGUACAACGCAUAUUCAAGGCUGACAAGAUGGAGAAGCGAAUCGAGAGACUCACACUUGCCGACGCAAAGAAAUCGCAAUACAAGAUAUCGCCGGAUCGCGAGCGCAUCAUCCGCCGCGCGGCCAAAGAGUUGAAGGACGGAAUGUAUGUGAACCUGGGUAUUGGGCUGCCAACGUUAGCCUCGAACUACGUUCCGGACGGAGUCAAAGUAAUCUUGCAAAGUGAGAAUGGGUUGCUGGGUAUGGGACCAUACCCGAACGAGGGCAAGCAGGAUCCGGAUCUGAUCAACGCUGGCAAGGAGACCGUAACAUUUCUACCGGGGUCGUCCACUUUCUCUUCUUCUGAGUCAUUCGCUAUGAUUCGUGGUGGUCAUGUGCAUUUGACAAUCCUGGGUGCUCUCCAGGUUGCGGAGAACGGCGAUCUAGCCAACUGGAUCAUUCCGGGUAAGAUGGUCAAAGGAAUGGGUGGCGCGAUGGAUCUCGUCGGUAGCGGUAACCGAGUGGUUGUUACAAUGGAGCACAACGCAAAGGGCGGGGUCAAGAAGAUUUUGAAAAGCUGCUCGCUACCGCUGACGGGCAAGAGUGUUGUGGACACCAUCAUCACGGAAUUGGGCGUGUUCGACGUAGUGCCCGGUAAAGGUCUCGUACUCGUGGAGAUUGCACCUACCACCACCGUUGAACAGAUACGGGAGCGCACGGAAGCAGCAUUCACCGUGGCCCACGACCUGAAGUCGAUGGAGUAG